AUGGACGAUGAAGCUGGGGAAUUUCUGGCUAAUGUGGAAGGCGGAAUCGUGCCAGUGACAUGUCACGAUGAUGUCUUGCGGAUCGCAUACAUUUAUAUCGAUGAGGGGCUGUGGGACGGCCAGGGCGUAUUCGAUGUUGUGGAGAAGCUGCACGCGCAUGGCUGGUCUUUUGGUGAGGGCGAGCUCCGCUUCAAUCGUACCUUGGAUAUAUUUUAUCUCACCCAGAUCGCAGCAGCCUACUACCGCUGGACCUCCCAACUAAAUGGGGACGACCCCCUCACCUUCUCAGACUUCGACGCCUUCUACACUGCGCACCAUGCCCUCCUGCACCCCACAGCCUGGCGCUCCUACUACUCCACCACAUUCCUUACCCAACCCACCACAGCACGCUUCUACCGCAUGCCCGACCUCCAGGACCUCCCGGACUCGUCCUCCCCGCUGUGCCUGCCGCGCGAUAAUCCGGUAUCCGAACACGUCCUAAAGCUCCCCCGCUGGGCUUAUACGGUCGGGCGGACCCGCCACAGGCAACCGCUCCUUCCAUUUGACACGAUUACUAAAAUAGCCCUCCGCACGCUUGACGCAGUCUUGACACGCCUACACGCGGCCUACCCUAGCACACCACCCUUUUCAGAAUCACAUGCGCGCUUCUGGCUAGACGAGUAUUACGAACCUCCCAUCGCAGAAUCGAAACAAGAAGCAUUGCCCACGAACACCAACACCCAGCUUGAGGGAGAGGAGAAGAAGAUCCCUUCAUCUCCAAGCCCUACAUCUGACCUAUCACCUCGCAAGGACAACCGCGAAGCAUGGGGGCCCCAUCACUUUGGGCUCAAUGUCGCGUCGGGAUUGUAUGAUAUACACAGUUUGGAAGCACAGUACCUCGCACAGGUGUCUUCGGGUAAGGUUGUCGAACCAGAACCUAGCAAGCCGGUGUUUUUCUGGUGUGGGAUACCGGAUGGAGGGACUGCAUUUCAAGCGUUGCAGAGGGGGUGGCAGGAAGAGAUUGGGAGUGAGGAGGAGGUCGAGUUCCUAGCCGCUGUUGCGAUGGAGGAGACAGCUGGACUAGGAGCUGGAGCAAUCAAGAUGGAUGAGUUGGACUGUUCAAUCUGGUCACAUAUCCUACUAGCGGUCAUGCAGGCUGCGUGGGUAAAGAACAUGCAAGAGAGGGAGCAUUUCUUGGGGGAGCUGGAGAGGCGGAUGGUGCAAAAGGGGAGGAUUGGCGAGGAAAGAGCAGGGAGGUGGGUUAGGGAGGCCUUGGAAAUUAUGGUGCCUUAUGUACGCGUGUGGCAGGGCGAAUGGCCUGAUACAGAGGAGAGGGGGGAAAUGCUGCGCCGGAUCUUGGUGGAGAAUCCGCUGCUCUUUGCACGCUGGAAGUUGUCGCCUGUUUUGAGGCAGUUCGCUUUUGACGACGCAAAAGUUGACAGUCUCGGCUGCCACACGGCGUACUGUUAA